GCUGCGCGCGUGACGGCGCGGCCCGGCGCUGCUCGCCAAGAUGGCGGACGAGGAGGGUGAAGGGCCGCCGCGCUCGGCCGCGGCCCCGCAGCGGAACGGCGGCGAUGAAGGAGCCCCGGGGGGACCGCGGGUGGUCCGCAUCGUGAAAUCCGAAUCCGGAUACGGCUUCAACGUGCGGGGUCAAGUGAGCGAGGGCGGGCAGCUGCGGAGCAUCAACGGCGAGCUGUACGCGCCGCUGCAGCACGUCAGCGCCGUGCUGGGCGGGGGGGCGGCCGACCGCGCCGGGGUCCGCAAAGGAGACCGCAUCCUGGAGGUGAACGGAGUGAACGUUGAAGGAGCAACACACAAGCAGGUGGUGGACCUGAUCCGCGCUGGGGAGAAGGAGCUGAUCCUGACGGUGCUGUCGGUGCCUCCCCACGAGGCCGACAACCUCGACCCCAGCGACGACUCCCUGGGGCAGUCCUUCUACGACUACACGGAGAAGCAGGCCGUGCCCAUCUCCAUCCCCACCUACAAGCACGUGGAGCAGAAUGGAGAGAAGUUUGUGGUGUACAACGUUUACAUGGCUGGCCGGCAGCUCUGCUCCAAGCGGUACCGUGAGUUUGCCAUCCUGCACCAGAACCUGAAGCGGGAAUUUGCCAAUUUCACCUUCCCACGUCUCCCUGGAAAGUGGCCCUUCUCCCUGUCGGAACAGCAGCUGGACGCCCGGCGGCGAGGGCUGGAGGAGUACCUGGAGAAAGUGUGCUCCAUCCGCGUCAUUGGGGAGAGCGACAUCAUGCAGGAGUUCCUGUCGGAGUCGGAUGAGAAUUACAACGGCGUCUCAGACGUGGAGCUUCGGGUAGCAUUACCAGACAUAACAACAGUGACAGUCAGAGUCAAAAAGAACAGCACUACAGACCAGGUGUACCAGGCCGUGGCUGCUAAAGUUGGAAUGGACAGCAUUACCGCCAACUACUUUGCCUUGUUUGAAGUGAUCAAUCACUCCUUCGUGCGCAAGCUGGCACCCAAUGAAUUUCCCCACAAACUCUACGUGCAGAACUACACCUCGGCGGUGCCGGGGACAUGCCUGACCAUCCGGAAAUGGCUCUUCACGACAGAGGAGGAGGCUCUUCUCAAUGACAACGACUUGGCAGUCACCUACUUCUUCCAUCAGGCUGUUGAUGAUGUCAAGAAAGGCUACAUCAAAGCAGAGGAGAAGUCCUACCAGCUACAGAAGCUCUGUGAGCAGAGAAAGAUGGUCAUGUAUUUGAACAUGUUGCGGACGUGCGAGGGUUACAACGAGAUCAUCUUCCCUCAUUGCUCCUGUGACUCUCGGCGGAAGGGACAUGUCAUCACAGCCAUCAGUAUUAAGCACUUUAAACUCCACGCCUGCACCGAGGAGGGACAGCUGGAGAACCAGGUAAUAGCGUUCGAAUGGGACGAAAUGCAGCGGUGGGACACGGACGAAGAGGGAAUGGCCUUUUGUUUUGAGUAUGCCCGAGGAGAGAAGAAACCCCGAUGGGUUAAAAUCUUCACCCCCUACUUCAACUACAUGCAUGAGUGCUUCGAGCGGGUUUUCUGUGAGCUCAAGUGGAGGAAAGAGGUGGAGGAGGAGGCAACAGACAAGGAUAACCAGAACUGCAGCACAGACACGGUGUGCAGCAAGAACAUCUUCCAGACGGUGCGGGCACAGCAGAGGGACGCAGCCACUUAACCGCGGCGCAGCAGAGCGUAACCCCCAACCCCAAAUUAACACUUACAAAUUCUGUUAUUGUAUUAAAGCCCUUAAACUAAAUAUUA